GGGCGUCAGAUUCCCUUGACAGGCGCGUCUGACAGCAGCCGCUUCACCCGAAUCAUGCCCGAGAUGGAAAAAGGGCGAGCGCCCGAAAACAAGCGCAGCAGGAAACCUGCGCAUCCAGUCAAGAGAGACGUCAACGACGACAUGAAGAACUUUGCUGAGAACACCAUGAAUGAGCUGCUGGGCUGGUACGGCUACGAUCAUGUGGACCUGCGAGACUCUGAUGCGCCUGACACCCGCCACCGAGCAAAACACAACCAAAUAUCUGUAGUUAAAGAGAAUUCAGUGCCAAAGCCAAAUGCAGUGGAGAGGAAUGUGCCAUUAUCUUCAUCAGAGCCUGUGAGGAAUGGUGAGAGGGAGCCGGUGGUCACACCCAUCUCAUCAUCAUCAUCAUCAUCUGUCUCUCCACGAAUCAGAGAGCAACACAACAUGAAUGUUGUUGUGCCAUUAAUCAAACCUUCUGCUGUGGAAGAUGUGCAGAAUGUUCAGAUCGUGUGUGUGUGGUGUCAGAAGGAGGGAAUGAAGCGUUAUUCUCUGCUCAUGGGUUCAGAACUCAAGAGUUUCUGCAGUGAGAAAUGUUUCGCUGCCUGUCGCCGGGCGUACUUCAAACGCAACAAGGCUCGAGAUGAAGAUCGCCAUGGCGACCAGUCACCGCCUCCCGGCCAAACCCUGGACACGCCCUCAAGACUUCUGCUGAAGAUGAACAACAGCACUCGUGUGUGUGAUUGGUGUAAACACAUCCGUCACACUACAGAAUAUCUGGACUUUGGUUCUGGAGAGGAGCGACUGCAGUUCUGCAGCACAAAGUGUCUGAAUCAGUACAAGAUGGACGUGUUUUACAAGGAAGCGCGCGCUGCUCUCAACGGUUCUGCUUCUGCUUCCAGCGGUGCUUAUAACGAUGAGGAGAACCAUCAGAAAGCUGGAGGAGGAGAGAACCAGAAACUUCUGACCCCAGAGUCCUGGGACAGCUCUCCGCCCAAAACCCCCACAUCAGUGUCUGUGCUAAACACUCCGUCUUCAUCGUCUUCAUCACUGAGAACGCCCGUCUCCACGAGCCAGUCCCGGGAGCGGUCGUGUGUCCAGACAAACACGUCACCCUCCGUCGCUUUGGACCAGCCACGCCCACCUCCAUUAACCCUCCCUUUUGUCCGGCCACCCCUGCAUGCCCCGGGUCUGCGGAGCCCCAUCCCUCAUCCACCCCGUAACCCGCUACGCCCUGCCAGCCCCAUCCAGCGACCUCCGCACCCGCCUUCCUUUGCCCCGCUCCACCCGCCCCCUCUGCUUCAUCCCUACCCAGCCCCGUACGUGCCCUUCCACCCCGCCUACACUCCCCACCUGCCCCCGCCGUGGCCGCAGCCCACGAUGUUGCUUCCCUACCCCGUCAUCGUGCCCCUCCCAGUGCCAAUUCCCAUUCCCAUCCCCGUACCGCGACUUUCGGGUCACGUGGGUGUCAUACGAAGCCCGCAGGGGCGAGAAGAGAAAGAUUGGGGUGACCGCACGCCCGAUCCGGGUCACUCCAGCUCGGAGGAGUCAGAGGUUCAGCGCAGAAUAAAGACCGAACAAACUCCUUCCCCUCUCGCCGUCUCUUUACCCUCGACGUCUGUCGGGUCGUCGGAGCGGCAGGUGAUUCAGUGUCUCCACAGACACCAGGUCAAAGAGGAGCUUCAGAACGCCACCACCUUACCUGACACGCCCGAAACCCCGACGCACACCGCACACGUUCUAUGCAAAGCACUUAAACAUCACGCCGGCAAUGAGACAUCGGCAGUCACGCCCACAGCCUCCUCAAUGGACAAUAAAACCGUCACUCCGGCGUCUCUGUAUUCAUUGGCCUGUUCCACCGCCAUUCAGAUCACCUCUGUUUCAUUGGACGGUACGCACAGAAGUGGCCCCGCCUCUGAUGGGACAGCAGGCUCCGCCCAGAUUCCCUCACCUCUGUCUGAUUCAGAGGACGUGAAGGAGAACAGUUAUUUGGGUGGCUCAACCAAUCCCUGGUCAGCGGAGAGGACGGACUCCCGAAGCGACCAAUCUAAAGAGAGCAUGGUGGCAGAGGAUGCUUCUCAAGAUGUCGAGCACACGUACGCUCGAUCCGUACCUCCCAAACUACGAGAGAAAAAUGCACACGUGAAUGCUGAGACGAGCACACAAACGCACUUACAUGCACAGACGUACAACUGGCUUCCUCAGAGCUCAGAGACCAGCGGAAGAGACGAUCCAGAACCUGCCGUCAAGAGAAGAUGUUUGAGAAUCAGAGAUCAGAAUAAAUGAACCUGGUUUCAGAGUUUAUGGGUUGAAAAUGUAUCGUGUGAACAUGCAGAGGACACAUACAGCCUCCAACAUCGCCCUCUGGUGACCCUGUGCCAGAAGGUCACAUCCAGCGUUCAGCGGCAGGGCUCAACUCCAGAACGUCAUGAGGACCAUCAGUAGACACGCUGAGAUCAGACGUGUGUGAUCCGGUUACACUCUGACACUCUGUGUGUGUGUGUUUUGCCGAGCUUCUACAAAGCCAGCCAUUGUUCACCACUGCCAGCCCAUCCUCACCGCAUGUGUGUAUGUGUGGGUGUGUGUAUGUGUGUGUGUGUUCAGCUGCGGUGUUCGGUUACCUGACACACUGGGGCUUUGGCUACAGGGCAUUUUUAGACUUCAUCUGAAGAGUGCCAAGAGUGCACAAACACACACGUACACAGUACACACACACACACACACACACACACACACACACACACACACACACACACACACACACACACACACACACACACAUUAUUCUGCUAUAUCAGGUCCUCUGAGAGCUGAGACACAGAGAGAGAUAGAGAGAGAGUAAAAGUGUUUGUGGCCCACAUUCACUGAACAACCUCUGAAUUUUUAUCUGCCAUAGUUUUUCUGACACAAUGCUCAGAAUCUCAUAUUUUUACCCCAAAAUACUACAGAAUAACAUGCUAUUACCAUCACGGUUGUGUCAAACAUCCGAUUGUAUAACCGCACUACCAUGUCUGGAAAAACUGUACUUAAAGCACUGCAAAUGCAGUCUUUUACGCAAAAUAUCAGAAAAUAAUGAAAUUCCACACAUUUGUAUCAGUAUUAUAAAGACCAAAGACAGUGAGUUUUCAGUGAACACUUGUAUUAAUGUCCAGCAGAGGACAGCAUUGACAUUAAAACAAAUCACUUGAGCUGUAAGAUUUUUAAUUAUGAGUGAUUUCAAAGGCUCACACUUAUUUUAAAUGGCUAAAUAUUUCACAUCAGUGCCACUUGAUACAUCAAUGCACUGUAAAGAAUGCCAAAACAAUGACAAUAGAACAUACAGUAAUUGUUAUGUCUUCAUAACACGUUUAUGUGCUUUUAUGUUGCCAGAAAAGAAGUUUCAGUGAACGUUUUGUGUAUAUUUUUAUGGUGUCUAAUGUGACUUACACGUGAUGUAAAAUAUGUUGGCACUUGGAAAGUGUGCACUAGCUGUACAUUCAUUUAAAUGUGUUUGCUUUAGCAUCUGAAUGUGACGUGUGAGAAUGUGAUUUUGUCAAUCUUUAUUAGAUUUAUUAAUAAUAAAAACUUCAUA